CUUCCUCACCCCACUCUCAAACAAACAAAACGUUGACGAAAUUAACUCCUCCUCCUUCUCUCUAAAUCUCCAUCUCUCUGUUUCCCAACCCUAAUCCCAAACCUAACUAUGCAAGGUCUCCGCCGAUGCAUGCCACUCUCCGAAACCGGAGUCCGUCUCGAAUUAACUCCAUCCACAUCCUCUCCCCUCGCGAUCGAUGUAUCCGAAACCGCCGAGUCUCGAAUCGAUCGCCUCAUUUCAGAAAAUCCAGUUGUAAUCUUCAGUCGCUCCGCAUGUUGCAUGUGUCAUGUAAUGAAACGCCUCCUCUCCACCAUCGGCGUUCAUCCAACCGUCAUCGAAUUAGAUGAUGAAGAUAUCUCUGCUCUUCCUUCUUCAAUCGCUCCGGCGGUUUUCAUCGGCGGAUCGCGGAUCGGCGGCCUGGAGAGUCUCGUCGCGCUUCAUCUAAGCGGUCAUCUUGUCACGAAGCUGGUUGAAGUCGGUGCUCUUAACCUUAGGGAAACGGUAUUGUAAUUUCAAUUGCAAAACCCUAAAAACAGAAUAACUAAUUAGAUUGAAUCGGUUGGAUUCAAAAUUGUAAUUAGUAUGUCUAAUUUCGUGUUUUCUUUAUUAAUAAAGCUUAAUUAA